AUGCCUGCAGAAAUUCGUAUCCAGUUGGUGGAGCAGUUCAAAUGCCUAGAACAACAGUCUGAAUCCCGAUUACAACUUUUGCAAGAUCUUCAGGAGUUUUUCCGCAGAAAGGCUGAGAUUGAACUGGAAUAUUCCAGGAAUCUGGAAAAAUUAGCAGAAAGAUUUUCUUCCAAGAUUCGUAGUUCCAGAGAACACCAUCAAUUCAAGAAGGAUCAACACCUCCUUUCUCCUGUGAACUGCUGGUAUCUAGUGUUGACACAGACCCGAAGAGAGAGCAGAGACCAUGCCACGCUGAAUGAUAUCUUCAUGAAUAAUGUCAUUGUCAGACUUUCCCAGAUAAGUGAGGAUGUUAUUCGGCUUUUUAAAAAGAGUAAGGAAAUUGGUCUUCAGAUGCAUGAAGAACUCUUGAAGGUUACGAAUGAACUCUACACUGUGAUGAAGACCUAUCACAUGUAUCAUGCUGAGAGCAUCAGUGCUGAAAGCAAGCUGAAGGAAGCGGAGAAGCAGGAAGAAAAGCAGUUCAACAAAGCAGGGGACAUCAGUGUGAACCUGCUGCGACAUGAAGAUAGGCCUCAGCGCCGCAGCUCCGUUAAGAAGAUUGAGAAGAUGAAGGAAAAGAGGCAAGCAAAAUAUUCUGAAAACAAGCUCAAGUGCACUAAAGCUAGAAAUGAUUAUCUGCUGAACCUAGCAGCCACAAAUGCAGCAGUCAGUAAAUACUACAUCCAUGAUGUUUCCGAUCUAAUUGAUUGCUGUGAUUUGGGAUUCCAUGCUAGUCUAGCACGGACAUUCAGAACAUAUCUUUCUGCUGAAUACAAUCUAGAAACCUCACGCCAUGAGGGGUUGGACAUAAUUGAAAAUGCUGUAGACAACCUGGAUGCACGAAGUGACAAACAUACAGUUAUGGACAUGUGCAACCAGGUCUUCUGUCCUCCACUGAAGUUUGACUACCAGCCUCACAUGGGGGAUGAGGUAUGUCAAGUGAGCGCCCAGCAGCCGGUUCAGACGGAGUUGCUCAUGCGAUAUCAUCAGCUACAGUCUAGACUAACCACGCUCAAAAUAGAGAAUGAAGAGGUGCGAAAAACAUUGGAUGCCACAAUGCAGACACUGCAAGACAUGCUGACCGUGGAAGAUUUUGAUGUCUCAGAUGCUUUCCAGCACAGUCGCUCAACUGAGUCCAUCAAAUCAGCUGCAUCAGAGACUUACAUGAGUAAAAUAAACAUUGCCAAGAGAAGAGCCAACCAACAAGAAACUGAAAUGUUCUACUUUACUAAGUUUAAAGAAUAUUUGAAUGGCAGUAACCUUAUUACUAAGCUGCAAGCUAAGCAUGACUUGCUGAAGCAGACUCUAGGAGAAGGUGAAAGAGCUGAAUGUGGAACAACUAGGCCCCCCUGUCUUCCCCCUAAACCACAGAAAAUGAGGAGACCUAGGCCUCUCUCAGUCUAUAAUCAUAAACUCUUUAACGGCAAUAUGGAAACAUUCAUUAAGGAUUCGGGACAGGCAAUUCCACUUGUGGUUGAAAGUUGCAUUCGUUAUAUUAAUUUAUAUGGUUUACAACAACAGGGUAUUUUUAGAGUUCCUGGAUCUCAGGUUGAAGUCAAUGAUAUCAAAAACUCAUUUGAAAGAGGUGAAGAUCCCCUUGCUGACGAUCAAAAUGAACGUGAUAUUAAUUCUGUUGCUGGGGUCUUAAAAUUGUAUUUCCGGGGACUGGAAAAUCCACUCUUUCCUAAGGAAAGGUUUCAGGAUUUGAUAUCUACUAUAAAAAUUGAAAACCCUGUCGAAAGAGUGCACCAGAUCCAGCAAAUCAUUAUCACCUUGCCACGAGCUGUCAUCAUUGUAAUGAGAUACCUCUUUGCUUUCCUUAACCACUUGUCGCAAUACAGUGAUGAGAACAUGAUGGAUCCCUACAAUCUAGCCAUCUGCUUUGGACCAACUUUGAUGCAUAUUCCAGAUGGGCAGGAUCCAGUGUCCUGCCAGGCUCAUGUCAAUGAGGUCAUCAAAACCAUCAUAAUCAAUCAUGAGGCCAUCUUCCCUACUCUCAGGGAACUGGAAGGACCUGUUUAUGAAAAAUGUAUGACUGGUGGGGAAGAGUACUGUGACAGCCCACACAGUGAACCGGGCACUAUUGAUGAAGGAGAUCAUGACAAUGGCACAGAGCCACACACCAGUGAUGACGAAGUGGAACAGAUUGAAGCUAUUGCCAAGUUUGACUAUACUGGACGAUCCCCACGUGAGUUAUCCUUCAAAAAAGGAGCUUCCCUUCUCUUGUACCAUCGGGCAUCUGAAGACUGGUGGGAAGGUCGCCAUAAUGGCGUAGAUGGCCUCAUACCACAUCAAUAUAUUGUGGUACAAGACAUGGAUGAUGCCUUUUCCGACAGCCUUAGUCAAAAGGCUGAUAGUGAAGCAAGCAGUGGACCUCUGCUGGAUGAUAAAGCCUCAUCGAAGAAUGACAUACAGUCUCCAACAGAUCAUAUUCCAGAUUAUGGAUUUGGAGGAGUAAUGGGACGGGUGAGGUUAAGAUCUGAUGGAGCAGCAAUCCCUCGCCGUCGAAGUGGUGGUGACACACAUAGCCCCCCAAGAGGUUUUGGUCCAGGAAUAGAUACUCCUCCUCGAGCAGCAGCUUGUCCUAGCAGUCCUCACAUGCUGCCAUUGAACAGAGGUAGGAUUGAAAGCCCAGAAAAACGUAGGAUGGCAACGUUUGGAAGUGCUGGCAGUAUCAAUUAUCCAGACAGAAAGACAUUGAGUGAUGGCCAUCAACUGAGGUCAACUUGUAGCUCAACUCGGCAUAGUAGUCUUGGCGAUCAGAAAUCAUUAGAAGCUGAAGCACUGGCAGAGGACAUUGAAAAGACCAUGAGCACAGCCCUGAAUGAGCUGCGUGAGCUCGAAAGGCAAAAUACUGUGAAACAAGCCCCCGACGUUGUCCUGGACACUCUUGAACCAAUGAAGAACCCACAAAUUGGUUCGGUCAAUUCUGAACCUGCCAGUCCCCUUCACACCAUCAUGAUCAGAGACCCUGAUGCAGCUAUGAGGCGGAGCAGCAGCUCAACCACUGAAAUGAUGACGACAUUUAAACCUGCACUCUCAGCCCGGCUUGCAGGAGCUCAGCUGAGGCCCCCACCAAUGCGUCCCAUCAGACCUGUUGUCCAACAUCGAUCAAGUAGCAGCAGCAGCUCAGGGAUGGGGAGUCCUGCGGUGACACCCACAGAGAAGCUCUUCCCUAACAGUUCUUCAGAUAAAUCUGGCACAAUGUAGCUAUUGCUCUCACCAAGGAGAAUUCUUUGGGAAAAUGAUGGAUCAUUCUGAUCUUCAUUUCUUUGGGGAAGGAAGCAGUAUGAUUGUACAAAUGAUAUUCUUAGAAGAAAAGACAGGGAAAAUGUGACUCUUGUAAAAAAAAAUAAAGACAAUAUUUGGGAUUGUAGAAGUGGUUUAAGGAUUUACAUACAUAACAACAUUGCUGAAAAUAUUUGGUACUACCCACUGUCAUCUUAUGUAAUUACCACUGGAAUAUUCAAGUCUGUCUAGAAAUAUAUAUGAAACUUUAUGUAGCUCAGUAACAAUUUAAUAGACUUACCUCACCCUUAGAUAUCUGCUAGAGUGUGUUUUUGCCUGUGUGUGUAAAUUACACAGCAACUAUACAUCAAGCAAUAGACUUAUUGAUCAGUUUGUGAACUGAAUUUUCAUAUCAGUGCGGUUUGGCUUUAGAGUUACAAAUGAAACGAAACACUAGUUGUCCUGGAAAUACUGAAUUUGUUUGGUGGUGAUGAUCAAUUCGGUUCUCAUAGAUGGGUGGAUUUCUGUUUUCAAAUUCAUCUCUUAAAGACUGCUUCAUUGGAAUAUGGAAACUUGUCGUUUUCUGGUUGAAGAAGUACACCAGAUGUGGAUGCAAACAGUAAAAAGUGGUACAAUUUCCCCUUAUAUAAAAGGGAAAUCUAGGAUGUUUUGUACGUACUUCAUGUUGUAGCACAGUAUUACAUGUGUACAAAAGAAACUCAACUCCCACUGUUUUCAAAACAGAAGAGGACUUUGAAGUAACCUUUGGUUGAUAACAAUAAAUAAAUAGGCUACCUUAUAUAGUCGUUGAAAUAUUUUAUUCUCUCAUCUCCCUUUUGCUAAUGAUUCCUCUGGAGAAAAAAAAAUCUGUUUUAAUCUGGAUUAAAACAGGCAAGGAGGGUUUUAAUAAAAUUAUAUUUCUUUAAAGUUCCUUAGCAGUAUAUAAGGGGGUUUCUGGGCCAUAUCCCCUUGCAUGAAUAGCAUGAUCCAUACUUGAUUGAGCUGGGCAUAUAUCUGAACUGAUAAGAUGACAAUUUGCACUUUCUCUACUGUACUAUGUAACAAUAUACAGUGAUUUGGGGUUUACAGAAAUGAAAUUGGUCUCUAUUCUUUAAUAUAGGCAAAAAGCAAAACAAAAAAAAGCAACAACCAAGAAUUCUAGCAAUUUGCAUGCUUGCCUUUUUUUUUUCUUUUUCUUUUCACUGAAUUCAAGGCUCUUCUUGCUGCUUUUUUAAAAUCAGCAUUUAUGAUCAGAUGUCUCUUAAUACCAGCCCUUCAACGAGGAUAAUUUUGUUUACUUUCAAUCAGUACCCUUAUAUUUUUAACAUGGAUAAAUCUUACUGAAACUGCACACUCUGUUAAAUCUGCAUGUUCCACUGCUUUGAUAUCUUUUGAAUUUAUUUUGCAAUGGCCACCGUUUGAAAUGAAAGGAAAUGUUUUCCAUUUCUCGUUAGAGGUCAAUUUUAGUGACUUCUGGGUAAUUGGUGACCUUGAAUUUGCCUUGCUGUACUUUUAACUCAUAGUACGCUUUCAGCCAAAAUUUAAUUUGUAAGCAUUGCAAUCUGUGUUGCCAAAGGGGGAAAAUAUAUUCGUAUUUAUCCUCUGAUUCCUAAUACCACCUGUUUUCAGAAAUUGCAUAGAAGAAGGACAUAUUCUAUGAAAUAACCUUUUCAUCCGUGACGUGAACAUACAUGACAUUGUGUUAAUCUCAUUUUCUGUAUCUCAUCUGUGAACAUGCUUCAUUUCCUGAAGCCUUGCCUGUUCUAGCCUGUUUAUAUAUUGCUGUACUUGCUUCCAGUAUGAAAAAUAUCUGCUGAACUGUAAUGUUUCUUCUUCAUGCUAAAUUUUAAUUGCGGCCCUGUGACUCCAGAUCCUUGCACUUAAUAGAUAAUUCAGUAUAUUAGAAAUGCAUCAGUAAAAAUGAGAACAACCUCCAAUCCUGAAGGAAUUUUGACCUUCUCAUAUAUAGUGUGAAAGGAAUGUAUGUAGUUAUUCUAAUAUUGUUCCUCAAUAUAAUAAUAUAAUGAUAAAUGGUGUUUAUCUAUAUGUCUGCUAAUGUAGUAGGCAUUUUUAAUGCCAUGAUUAGUUAACCGUGCUAGUUUUUCAUUUAUGAUAUUCUUUUAAUUCCCCCCUUCCAAAUCACCUACAUAUCCCUGAACCUUCCUUAGCAUAUGAACAGCCUCUAGUUCAGGGAUCCCCAACCCCGGUCUGUGGAUUGGCACUGGUCCGUGGAUGCCAGAAAACGGGUCACGCAAACAAAUGAAACCCCAUCAGUGGGAUGCAGGCAACACACGAAACGAUGCCUUGUCCGGUCCACAGAAAAAACCUCUCUCCAUGGAACUAAUCCCUGGUGCCCAAAAGGUUGGGAGCCUCUGCCCUAGUUUAUUAUGACAACAAAUAUUCCAUUUGUGGUAGUAAUGCACCAACAAAUGUAAUUUUUGCAUAGGUUGGAUAUUGCAAAGUGGGACAGGUAGGGAAGAGAGAGACAUUUGGCAAACCGUUCUAUUUUCAUUGCCAGUAAUAUUUUUUUCUUACUUUGCUUUAUGGAGAAGAGUUGCUUUGAUUACAUUUGUGCGUGUUACACAUAUUUUUCAAAAUGAUGAGAGCCGAAGAAUUACCUGAAGGUUUACUUUUCUCCUUAAAGAUAAGAUACAUUAUACCUUUUAUUAAAUUAUUUUUGUUUCUAUUUUAUAUUGGUUGUUAGUGGUUGUUUUUUUUAAAAAACUCUUUAAGUGCCUUUUGAGCACCAGAACAAAUCUUUGGAUUAAAUGUGCUUGGGAGAUGGACAUAUCAAAAUAUCUCUUGUACAGUUUCUUCCGUUUUUUAAUAAGAACAAGGAUUGUCUUUAAUUUUUAAGAAAAAAAAAUAUUCUGUCUUGUCAAAUUGGUGUUGACUAUUAGGAAUUGCAAAAGAGUCCUUUGUCCAACUCUUUGUAGUUUUAAACAACAAGACUUGGAAUGAAGCUAAUGAACUAAUCAUACUUCCUGAUAGGAAAUUCUUGUAUCCUUGUUGCAUAGGCUUCAGCUGGCAGCAAUUUCUCUUUUAAACAUAUUUUGUUCUGCAGAAGUGCUGUUUCCUGAUUGUCAUGCACAAGGGAAAUUCUUGAUAGAUUCAUCUCUAUGUUUUCAGACACAUUUGGGCAUGGCUUGACCCAACCCAGCAAAGAUUUCAAGGGAGAAUGUAAAAUGCAUACAAGUACAAAUGGGAAGAAAAUGUGUUGGUGUGUAUGUGUGGAAGAGAAAGGAGAGGGGGAACACAUGUUAACUCACUUUUAAAGGGGUAAAAUAAAGUUUCUUUUACUGACCAAUUCUUUAGUCCUCCCCCCCCCAUGCUAUUUGAUGAGAAUCCUAAGUAAAGAUGCUAUUUCUGUUGAGAAUAUCCCUGUAGCUAAAUAAUGACACUAUCUCUGUCCUUAAUGAUAAAUAAUGAGAAUAUUCCUGUUGGCUGACAUUUUACCAAACCCAGACAUUAUAUAGGAAGCUAGUAAAAGAGGGUAAAUGACAAUUCACCACAAUCAACUCGCCAUGGCCAACUUAUCAGGGACAACUUACUGUGGGACAAGAGUUACACUAAUAUCAAAGAAAUGGUGGAAUAGAACCAUUAAAGAAAGGAUAGAAAAGGAGGGAUAAAAUGAAAUGUUAAUUUUAAAAAAGUUAAAUCAUUAAAAAAAUUAUUUUAUAUAAUUGAAUUGUUAAAUUGUCCCACGGCAAGUUGGCCAUGGUGAGUUGACUAUGGUGAGUUGUCCCAUUCCGAGGAAGAGAGCAUGGGAUUUGUAUAAUUUAUAGAAGUUGUACGAAGAAAAUGCAAGACCACACAUUUUUACGUAAGAACUAGGAGCGAUGGACUUGAUGCUUCCCACCAAGGCAAAGUAACUGACUCUUCCCAUAAAUGUAUGUCAUGCUUAAUUGGAAUUACUUUAACUUACAAUGAGGGAAAUGACUUGUUUCUUCUCCUAGCCUGUUCUCUUAUCUUAUAACUUGUGAAGGUACUCUUUUUGUUCAGCCAAGUGAAAUAUGUUAUGGUGCUGACUUAGAAGCAAUUCCACCUGCCCUUAUAUUAUUGAUGUACAGAAACUGUCAUAAGAAAACUAUGUAAAUGUUAAAGAUUCUUUAAUAAUAUAAGGACUGUGCAGUUUUCUUUUUUUUUAGACUAAACAAUUCCCCAUUAUUAUUUUUUUGGAAAAUCUGAUAUUUUGGACUAUAUUAUCAGUGCUGCAUUUUUCAUAGUAUGGCGAUAGGCCUCCUGAAUCCAGUUUGCUUCUGAGUGGCUGCUUCUUGUGUUGCCAGAAAACUCUAGGAAACUGCUGGUUGGCUGCCCUAUAUAAUGAUUGUUGUCCCUCUUAUGAAUAUUGUCUCUGUAAUGUAUGAUUUUAAAAAAGGUCCAUUCAGUUAGAGUAUCUGAUUGGAUCCUAUGUUAUGUAUGCUAUAAUGCCAUGUAGAUCAAACCACUGGUUGGGUACAGACUCAUCCUGUUGAAUAAACAGUUUACCUUUUCUCAAAA